GAGGUGGACGUCAUAGAAACGCCCCUGAAAAAAAAAGUGUGUAAAGACAGUGGAUUGUCUUCUAUUCUAUCCUUAACGCUCCGGAGCAAAACUACAACCACCUCAUGCUGACGAUGAUAUGGCAGCUGGAAGAGCAAGUUCAUUUUGUCGUGUUGGGAGUCUCAUGCGGAGUAAAUCUGAGGGGACACUGAUUGAUCUAAAUGACAAAGUCACAACCAGUGACAGCGGGAAUGGUGUGUCACAGAACUCUGAGUGGUUACUUUCACAGCCAUCCGACGCACGUUCAUCUCAGUCAAAAAAUCCGUUCUGGAACAAACUGUCUGCAUCGAAUCCUUUCUUAGAUGACAUUGAACACAGCAGCACAGAGAACCCCCUUUCAAGCGCUUUUAAAGUGAAACAAGACAAUGAAAGUCCUUUGGACACGAAUGACGAUGGCGCCUUCAGCACAUCUUCGGAUGAAGAGAACACAGGGAGCUUUUUGGGAAACCAACACGAAGCCAUCGACAGAUCAGGGAGAUGCAGAAGUGCCUCUGAUAUCCUGGAUGAUCUGGAGAGAAAAGUGCCAAAACAAGAGAACAGCUUCAAACCGCCGGGGCCGGUGCUUAACCCGGAUUUCGAGUGGCUUAAGAACGACAGGGAGGCCUACAAGAUGGCCUGGCUGAGCCACAGGCAGCUCACUCGCUCAUGUCUGGAUCUAAAUCUGAUGAGCCGGAGUCCGGGGUGGGCUCAGACACAGGCCACGGACUAUCAGGUCAUCUGCAAGGUCGGCCACACCGGAGGCUCAGUGCAGUUGCCAGCCUCAAAAGUUAGCAUCCAUCUCCCUGAAGGCCAUGUUCCUCCAGGAGAAGUCCAGGAAGUCACACUGAAAGCAAAGCUAGACCCUCCUCCCGGACUCAACAACAACUACAUGACCACCAUGAGUCCACUUCUCGAGGUGGUCCUCAGCAACAUCAACAUAAAGGAGGGAAUCUCUCUGGAGAUGAAACUGGCCGGAGAGGUGAAGAGCGACCCGUUGAGUCAGGUGAUGAGUACUGUGGUCGGCAUGGUAUCCAACAAAAGAGAAGGACCUUAUGUGAAGGUCAACAACUGUUACAUUUACAAGAAUAUAAUGCAAAUCAAGCUGCGGGACUUUAAGACACAUUUUUAUGCAAUUGCAGUUGCAGAGGCAUCUGCAAUCCAGUCUCCUGCUACGUCAGUGUGGGAUUACCUUGAUCGCCAAAUCACGGUAGCCGUUUAUGGCCCCAGGUUCAUCCAUCCAUCGUUCAAGGUCGUGAUAGUAGUUUGCGGCCAUGAGGACGUACCGCCGAGGCUUCCUUUUUCAGAUAUCUCCAGGGGAAAGAAAAAUGUUCCUGCACUUGUUCUGCAGCUUUGGGGAAAACAUGGGUUUACCCCGGAAAAAUUGAACAACCUGCGUGUCGGUAUCAGCCUCACAGACUCAAUGUUUAAAGUCAAACCCGGGGACAGCCUGAAAGAAGUGAGACACAGUCGGCUCUUGAUAGGCACGGUUUUUCAUCUGCCGGUUGCGUUAUCUUGUGCUAGUAAUACAGAAAUGACUCCUUUUAAGUUAGAUCUAGAGGUGAAAGAUUCCAAAACUGCAGUUGUUGCACAUUUUCAGGUGCCUUCCCCUCCCGCAGCACCCAUCAGAUCAGAGAAGCGAGUGCCCAGGCUGCCAGAAAAGCAGAUUGAAAUGACGAGAAACCCACCCAUCCCUGAGGAAAGUGUUCCCGAUUCCGUCAAAUUCGCAGACAGACCUGUGAACCUACAGUGUUAUGGUGUAGCCUUAAAGUCAGUCUUCCGCCAGCCGCGUGUAGACUACCUCCUGGAGUAUUUCAAGGGGGACACUGUGGCCCUCUUAUCCAGAGAGACGGUCAAGUCAGUGGGAAACUCAAAGGUGAAGGAAUGGUAUAUCGGGUUCCUCCGAGGUAGGACUGGUUUGGUUCACUGCAGGAACCUCAAGCUCAUAGGCGCGGAUCAAGUGAUUGACUUCACCGGCAUUCAAGUCAGCACAGAGGUCCUCUUGGACAACAUGACGCUGCCUUUCAAGAAGCUUACUUACAUGUACUCCGCCAUCCAGACACUGGUCACUGAGCACAUAACGAGCUGGAGGAGUCUGGCUGAUGUGUUAGGGUACAGCAAGCUUCCGCUGGACGCAAUCACCCGGAGGCCGGCCGAAACUGAGGCCGACAAAGUGGCCUCCGUGCUCGAAAAGCUGAAGGAAGACUGCCAUGCCGACAAGAGCAAGAAAAAGUUUCUGCAUGAGCUCAUGGUGGGUCUGUUGAAGAUGGACUCCGUGAAUCUUGUGGCCCAGCUGAUUCAGAACACAGUCAUUUUGUCCACAGCCGUGGAGCUAGGAUCUCGAUGGCGGGAACUUGCGGAGAAGACGGACAAACUAUCCAGUGCUCAGAUAGCGGGCUACGAGGCACCGCACAGAGGGAAGAGCAAGGAAGUCGUGGCCCAGGCAAUGUGGAAGCCGGCUUAUGACUUCCUGUAUUCCUGGAGUCUGCGGUAUGGAGACAGCUACAGGGACAUGAUCCAGGAUCUGCACUUGGUCCUGGACAAAAUGAAAAACCCGGCCACCAGACAGUGGAGGCAGUUGACCGGUGCCCUCAUCACAGCAAACUGUCUUGAUAUCUUUCGAGCCUCCGCAUACCCAAAUUCCUAAACUUCAUGCAAGGGCACUCUAGCGAUGACAGCGACUUUCACGCACUUGGGAAAAGCAGAGAGGUUUUGUUACACAGCAAAAAGGCUUUGAUGUUAUUUCUAAUGUUACUUAGCGCUUUUUUGUAUAGUUUUACUUGCACUAAAUGUUUGGCUCUCACUUGGUGAAUGUGAAAUACGUUCUCACAUUUUUGUGCAAUGAAGGACAGUAACAGUACGUUCAUUUUAGUUCAAAGAAAAUGUAGUGUAGGUUGUCACUUUUCUUGAUGUCUCUGUGUAAACUAAUGUGAUGAAGCCUUAAUGUGAAAGAUCAUUUUUUGUCAAAUGUUUAUGACUGGGGUGUCAAACCUAUUUUAGGUUUAGGCCACAUGCUGCCCACUUUGAUCUCAAGUGGGCCAGACCAUUAAAAAUCAUAGGGGGGUGGGACGGUCCGGUUGACGGAGGGGGUGGGGGGGUUGGCCCGGAUGGUCCAGGGGUGGGGCACGCGGACGGUCGACGGGGAACCAAACGGAACUUGUAUGCAUGUGUGUAUGUAUGCAUGUGUGUAUGCGCUGCAUACCGAUAUUUUUUUAAACACAACAGGCCUCACGUCUUUCUGUAAUUCUCACAAUAGAAAAGUCAUCCGGCGGGCCGCCCUGGACCCCCCAGCGGGCCGGAAUCGAUUUCUUCUAGUGCAUUACUGAAUGUAUUCAGUUAUUGUGGAUUCAGGGAUCCACAAUAUGAUGGAUCCACAUCGACCUUAUGGAAGUUUGCAUCAAUGGGAUUUUUGAGUUGUUGUUUUCUGUAAAAGAUUAUUUAAUGAUAAUGUGAACUCGGUUUCUAACUAACAAUCUCAAUGGUUGCAGCUGCCAAGACUAGAGUUUCCGUGCUGAAAAUGAAAAUGUUCUACCAAAGUGACAUUUUCCUGAUGCCAGUAAACAAACCAUGAUGAUCCUACUAUAAAGUGCCAUUGACUAUGAUUUCAUUAAUAUGAGUAUGUCAUUUUAAACUGUAAUAGAAUGUUUAAGGUAUAUGUGCAAAGCAGAUCAUUUCAUAAGAUUGAUAAAGUAGCCAUUGUGUUGGUGUGAUUAUGUGUUCUUGGCCAAAUGGAAUGCUCACUGCUGAGAGUUUAGCCGCAUACGCACCACGUGUAUGUCUAUGUGCCUUCAGUCGCUGAAAUGUUCAACAACGGCCAAUAUCUUUGAUUAUGAAAUGAAGAUGUGUUGCUGGAGAUAUAAAUAAAUACUAACUG